AUGAACGAUUCUUACGCGUCUUUCGGUUCAUAUUCAAGACCCUUCCCUGUUUCGACCAUCCCGGAAGACACCGUCCAUUAUGUUCUUCACCUCACCGCCGAAGAGGAUCCGACAUCCAUGGCUGUCCUAAUAACCGACUAUGUCUACUCCUUACUGACUCAGCCAUGGCUUUGGAACAAGGAUUCAUGGGAGCUCAGGAAGCGAUCCGAAGGUUCCGGUCUAGAGGGUAGGAUGCGAGUGGGAGAUUCGAUCGACGACGAGUGGUGUGUGGUCUGGCUCUUGAAGGAGAUCAGCGAAAAGUGGCCAGAACUGGUCAUUAGUCUUCGCGACUCUGAUGGAGAGUUCCUGCUCAUAGAAGCUGCCAACGAGCUGCCGGCAUGGGUCAAUCCUGACAAUGCUACAAAUAGACUCUGGCUGCAAGGAGGUCAUCUGCAUCUCAUACCAUUAGAUAUCCGUUCACUUUCAAUAAGCAAGCAGAUUCGAGAUGACGAUGAGGAAGAGGAAGCGACACUGACCGAGGAAGAUGGUGUCAAAGCUGCGAGGACGGGGAAAUACAGGGCUCAGGCGAUCGAGAGAGCCGUGUGGUCUCGUGUUGAAGGCUAUCACGGUCGAUUGAGGGAUCAUUUACACCGAACCAAUGCGUACCUUCCCAUAGGUAUCGCGAAAGCGCUCUCCGUCCAGCCGGAUCUGAUACAAAGGGCUGUGGAGGCGUUCUAUGUGCGAGAUCCCGCUCAACUGAGGGCGGCGUCACGCAUGACCCAUUUCCCACCCGCUCAGUCGACGCUUACCUCUGUACUCAUGACGCGCCCCGCCUAUGCCCAGCUCCAAGGACAAGUAUUUCAUGCUCCUCGCGUUUUCGGUCCAGAAUGGCACGUCAAGGAUGGCUCUGAAUUGGACGAUGAGAGAAGGUGGCGUGACCUUGGCGUCAAGAUCUCAACUGGGUUUGAGAUUAUGUAUCGGGAGGGCGGAAAGAGGAUUGGGAAAGCUUCAUCGUCCAGAGUUGGCUAUGACGAGUUUCUGCAAAACCUUCAGCGAGCUGGAUUCUUCGGGAAUGAGAUGCAAGGCAGUCAGAAAUGGAAGGAGAGGGAAGCUGUCGCCCAGAAAGGAUGGAACGAGGCUCAGAGUGAAGACUCCCGCAAAUCCUUUGCGUCACAAGUCGAUGAGGCUAUCAAAGCCGCCCCAGAAUCAUUUUCGUCAUCGUCGAUGGCCGAGGACUCGGCAUCUUGGCUGGAGAUCUCCCCGUCUGAGCUGGAAGGGAUGAUGGCGAGAUCUUCAGGAGCGGUUUUGAAUGAGAAGCCAGAGCACGCCGGCGAGGACGCAAAGGCGCUUGGGGAUCUGGCUCAGAAAGUGCAGGAGUUUGUCGGUGGUGAGGGAGAUAUGCAGGGUGCCAUGUUCUUGGACGAGCUUUCGGACGACGAUGAUGAAAGUGACGAGGAAGAGGCAAAGGAGGAUCGCGAUCAACGAAUGCGCGAUCUUGUACCUCCCUUACCAUCAGAGGAAUGGGGCAGGAAGACAGUUCCCAAGUCAGGCAAGGAGGCAGACAAGAAUUUACUCUCAGAAACCGACCGACCGCCUAUGCGUCCUCCAGCAUUUGCCAAGCAGCAGUACGACGGCGUAGAGUCGGACUCUGGUGAUUCGGAUGAUGAAAUGGCUCCAGCAGGAACCUUAGGUCGACUUGCAGCCGAGCUGAGACUCAAGGACGCUGCUGGAUUUGAGGAUGUCGAAAAGGAGUUGGCAAAGAACAAGAAGAGAGGUCUCGGCGAGAAUAUCGACGAGGAAAUGAGGCGUCGAGUAUGGGGUGAGGAUGACAAUGCCCCUCAAAUCAUAGAACUCGACGGUGAUGACGAGGAGGAGGAGGAAGGAGAUGUGGACAUGAACGGUCAAGAAGAGGAGUUUCUCAGGUUCACACGAGAGGCCUUAGGUAUUACGCAUCAACAGUGGGAGGAUAUCCUGAGCUCCCGACGAGAUCGUGGAGCCUUUGUUCCAACUGCUUCCACGAAGCCUGCAGGAACAGCGCAUAUUGGGCAGAUGGUGGACGCUUCAAACCAACCUCAAACAACGGCCGCCCGACCGGGGUCCUCCCCCCUCGACUCAUUCGAAAAGGUCAUGGAAGCGAUGGAUGCUCAACUAGCAGCUGCCAGAGGGCCGUCCAAGGACUCAAAGUCAACGCUCAAAGAUCCGAAGACUUUCCCUGCUGAGGCCGACAUUGAUGGCCUAUCCGAUGGCGAAUUAGAAGCUAUGGACCGAGAGCUCAAGGCUGCGCUGCAAGGGGCCGCAAGCGAUGAUGAUAUGGAUGACGACGGAGACAACGCGGAUCAAGUGGCGGAAUUGGGCGAAGAAGAGAAGAGAGAGUACAGGAUGAUGAAGGACUUCUUGGAGAGCUAUCGCGCACAGGCGGGGCAGAGUGGAGUCAUUGGAAAUCUGUUCGGAAGGCUGCAAGGAGAGGGAAGGUCAAAGGAGUGA